AUGGGCUUUCGGCUUGCCCCAGUGGACUCUGAUUUUCAAAAUAAGUUCCGCACAAACGUGCAAUUUUGAGAGCUGCUUCUUCCCACGGUAAAUCCUAAAACCCUAAAAUGGGAAAGAAGACCAACAAGAAUGAAUCAUCAUCUGACAUACUGCAAACCCUAGGAGACUUCACAAGCAAAGAAAACUGGGACAAGUUCUUCGCCAUUCGUGGAUGUGAUGACUCCUUCGAGUGGUACGCCGAGUGGCCUCCGCUACGCGACCCGCUCAUCUCCCUUCUCGGACCGCACUCUGUACAAAUUCUUGUCCCAGGUUGCGGAAAUUCACGCCUCUCAGAGCACUUAUACGACGCCGGAUUUCAUGGCAUUACUAAUAUUGAUUUCUCCAAAGUUGUCAUUUCCGACAUGUUGCGCCGCAAUGUCCGGGACCGACCAGAUAUGCGGUGGCGAGUCAUGGAUAUGACUAACAUGCAGUUCACAGAUGAGAGUUUUGAUGUUGUUCUUGAUAAAGGUGGAUUGGAUGCUUUAAUGGAGCCAGAGCUUGGCCCCAAGCUUGGGAAUGAAUAUUUAUCAGAGGUGAAAAGACUUCUUAAAACUGGAGGGAAGUUUAUUUGUCUUACUUUGGCAGAGUCUCAUGUUCUAGGUUUGUUUUUCUCUAAGUUUCGGUUUGGGUGGAAAAUAUGUUUUCAUGCCAUACCUCAGAAAUCAUCUAGUAGACCUAGUCUUCAAACCUUUAUGACAGUUGCAGAGAAAGAUGAUACUGCAGUGUUGCACCAGAUAACAUCAUCUUUCAAUUCUUCUCUUGAUUGUAACAAAAGUCAGGCAGUCGGUAUUCUCAAAGCCCUUGAAAGUGAGAACCAAAUUCGUUUGGAAUACUCCAAUGGAUCUGAUAUAUUGUACUCUCUUGAAGAUCUACAACUGGGAGCUAAAGGGGAUAUAAAGAAGCUUAGUCAAGGGCGUCGGUUUGAACUUACACUGGGUGGACAAGGGGACUCCCAUUUUAGUUAUAGAGCUGUACUUCUUGAUGCUCGAGAGGACUCUGGUCCAUUCAUAUAUAACUGUGGGGUGUUUAUUGUGCCAAAGACUCGGGCUCAUGAAUGGCUCUUCUCUUCAGAAGAAGGACAAUGGCUGGUAGUUGAAAGCUCAAAGGCUGCACGACUUAUUAUGGUCUUAUUGGACACCGGCCAUGCUAAUGCCAGCAUGGAUGAUAUCCAGAAGGACUUAUCUCCUCUAGUUAAACAGUUGGCACCUGGGAAUGACAAUGAAGCUCAAAUACCGUUUAUGAUGGCAAGUGAUGGGAUCAAGCAGCAGAAUAUUGUUCACCAGGUCUUAUCUUCAUUAACAGGACCAAUAAUUGUUGAAGAUGUUAUUUAUGAAAAUGUUGAUGCUGAUAUUAGUCGUUUAUGGCCAUCUGAAGCUUUGAAAUUUCGUCGCCUUGUCUUCCAAAGAAGUCAGGGUCUAGUGCAAUCUGAAGCUCUGCUGAUGAAGGAUGUAUCUUGUCAUAAGACUGUUGGUGAAACAGAGAGGAAGAAAGCUGUUUCAUCUUCCAAAUCCAAGCGAAGGGGAUCUCAACGGCGAAAUGAUGAUUCAGGCAACCAGCUGAAAGUCUAUCAUGGUUAUUUGGCUAGUUCUUAUCAUAUGGGGAUCAUCUCUGGAUUUAGUCUUAUUUCUUCAUAUUUGGAGAAGGUGGCAUCAUAUGCAAAAACUGCUAAAGCAGUCAUAAUUGGUCUUGGAGCUGGUGUACUUCCAAUGUUUCUUCGUGGAUGUAUGCCUUUUUUGGACACUGAGGUGGUGGAGUUAGAUGAUAUCGUAAUUAAUCUUGCAAGGGACUACUUUGCUUUUACUCAAGACAGACGUUUGAAGGUACAUGUUGCUGAUGGGAUUCAGUUUGUUAGAGAUAUUACAAACUCUGUAACAGCUGAUGAAGUGCCUGCUCUUCAUGGAAAUGUUAAUACUUCUGACAACACUAUACAUUCUAUCAAAGGAAUUUGCAGUGCAUCUAGUACAGAAGUUGGUGGUAGUAGCAGAAUUGAUGUUCUUAUUAUUGAUGUGGACUCUUCCAAUUCAAGCUCUGGAAUGACCUGCCCAGCUGCAGAUUUUGUGGAAGAGUCUUUUCUUCUUACUGCGAAAAAUGCUCUCUCUGAGCAAGGUCUCUUUAUUGUUAAUUUGGUAUCGAGAUCCCAAGCCAUUAAAGACAUGGUCAUCUCAAGGAUGAAAAAGGUAUUUAGUCAUCUGUUUUGUCUUCAACUCGAGGAAGACGUCAAUAUGGUUCUGUUUGGUCUUUGUUCGGAAUCUUGUAUCAAGGAUGAUUGCUUGACUGAAGCUGCUACUCAGCUAGAGAAACUGUUUAACUUUGAACGCCCAGAGAUUAGCCAAAGCAUUAUAGAGUCAGCAAAGAAGAUCAGAUGCUUAAAGUGAAUGAGAGCCGACCAUACGAUCAACAGUGAUGAUAGUUCCCAAGAUUGUAUGGUGAGCUAAGAUUAUCUAUCAGAGAUGCUUUCUUGUGGUGGGAAAAGCAGAUUGUGGGCAUGGUUGAUCUCCACAUGGUUUGUGCAGUGGAUCUUCAUGGCCAUGGGUGUUUCUGUUAUCCAGCCAUAUAAUGUAGAUUGUCAAAGAAAGCUGAUUGUUUGAAUUUUUUUGUGACCGGUCAAUAGUUUUUUUUUUUUUUUUUUUUGCUCCUUAUUCUAUUUGAGUGAUUUUGGCAUUUAAGAUACAGUAUAAAUAUCUAGUUUACUAGGAAAUAUAAAUUUGAUAAUAAAUCUUAAAUUUGACACUA